CGCUCGUCUUCUUCCCGGCUCGGCUGCCUCUUGGUUGGUUCCCCCGACGGACCAGACCAGACCAGACCGGUGGUCAAAACCCUAGCCUUCCCCGGUCAAACCUCGCCCCUCAGAUCUCCGAAUCGCGCCUCCGAUUCAUCUUCUCGCCACUCCAAUCUAUCCAAUUCCAAGACCAAUCCGGAUGGGCAAUGGGGCCGAUGCUGCGUCCGCGUCGGGGAGGAGGUGCCCCAAGCACCCCUCGGAGCCGCCCUUCACCGGCUUCUGCUCCGCCUGCCUGCUCGACAGGCUCCACGCUAUCAAUCUAGUUGGUCUUCUAGCCUCCCCGCAGCCUCCUCCUUCCCUUGCCCCUCAGGAGCACCUACAGGGCCUGGACCUGGAGGAGGGAGAGGACCCGCUGCCUCCUUGUUCCACAGCGACAUCGGGGAGGAGGACAGGAGCAGGGCGGACCACGCUCCUUCACCUCUUCCAGUUAGAGGACCAAGGAGCAAACCAGGAGGAGCCGGAGCAGAGCAAGGCGGCCCCCUCGACCAGCGGCGCCGACGGCCAAGAUCCGCCUCCCUACCUGCAGCGCAAGCGAUCCCUUCGUCAGUCCUGCAGCGAUUGGAUCGCCUGCUGCGACACCUCUGCCUCCGCCAACCACUCCUCCUGCCUCCCCUCCCGCCAGUCCUUGGAAUUGGAUGCCUCCUCCUCCACCAUCUCCGCUGCUCCUCCUGCUCCUUGUACGACAAGCAAUGGCGUUGCUGUGGCCGAGAGGAGGACGGAGAGCCUCAGGUGGAACCAAGUCUGGGCAAUCAGGGGCUUCCUCGCCAGGCCUGCAGGCCAUCUGCUCAACAGGUCCUUCUCCGAGUCCUCCAGGUCCAGGUACGCCCACCACCCGGGCAAUGGCGCCAUUGCAAGUUCCUCCUCAUCACAGUCGCAAGGUAUUCGCCUCAACGGCAGCCACUCCGUGUCUUCCACUGGGAAUGGAAUGGACUCUUCUGAGAUAUCACUCCCGGGUGAUUCUGUUGGGCACGCUCAUGUCCACCAUUACCGGCCCCGGCUCAAGAACAGACUCCACUGGCUCCGCCGCAGCCGCAGCGUUCACUAUUCGUCACCUACCAGCCUAGCAGAUGCCGGUCUCACUCCUUUCAGAAGCAGAAGCAGCAGCACCAGGAGCACGGCAGACAAGACCCAACCAGUCAGGCGCCUCAACCUCAGCCUGUUUGCUGCUGGCUUCUUUGGCACCCAAAGACAUCAACACUGAUGGAUGCUACUAGUUCUUUCCGCUGCCAUACUAGCUAGCUAACUUUAUGACAGCAUGGCCGUUGAAUCUGUAUUUAUAAGGUACCUAAAAAUUGUAUACUAGCAUGGUCUCUGGUAAGUUGAUAGUGCAGAUAAUUUUCCCCCGUUCUUUGUACUAUGUCUAUGUAUGUUAAAAAUAGAAUAAAUUGCUCAACUUAGAUACUCCUAGUGCCAUGUUCAUUCCUCUCUGUCAAUCUGUCAUUCUGUCAUGACUAUUGAGCAAACUCUGCUGUGAUUGAACAAUUGUUACCAACUGAA